AUGCCUAACAUUUCAAUUCCUUCAGGAUUGACUCCGAACUUAAUUUUUGCCGUGUCAAUUAUAUGCUUGGGAUCUUUGCAAUUUGGAUAUCAUAUGGCUGAGUUGAAUUCACCUGAAUUAGUUUUAUCAUGUAAACGAUCACAACCAGGGCCAGUUCCUUAUGAACAAUCAUUUUUUGGAUACAAUGGGUUUAAACAAUGUAUCCCGAUGUCACCAGAUCAGAUUGGGUUGGCCACAUCUAUUUUUUCAAUUGGGGGACUAUUCGGAUCAUUUUAUAUUGGGCAUUUGGCAGACAAGUAUGGUCGAAGAAAAUCAAGUUUGUUGCAUUGUUUUCUUUACAUUAUUGGAUCGACUAUCAAUGGGUUAAGCAACAACUAUGGUACAUUGUUAUUGGGCAGAUUUAUUUCUGGAUUAGGAGCAGGAUCAGCAUUGGUUAUUACAUCAAUUUAUAUUAACGAAGUUUCACCGGUUGAGACGAAAGGGUUAUUGGGUUCAAUGAAUCAAUUUAGUAUCAAUAUAGGGAUAUUGCUCACACAGUUGUUAUCUUUAAAAUGGUCUAAUAAUAAUGAUUGGAGAUGGUUGUUGUUUAUGGCAUCAUUUAUUGCAGUGAUUAAUUUAAUUGUUGUCUUGAUACAUUUACAUGAAUCACCUGUUUGGUUGGCCAACCAAGGUAAUAGCACUCAGGCUUUCACUGUUUUGCACAGGUUGAGAGGUGGCAGCUACUCAGUUGCUACAGAUGAGGUCAAUAGUUGGAAAUCUAAUGGCAGCUUUGCGAAUGGUACACCAGAAAGCGAAACUUUACUUGAAGAAGGCAAUAGUGACUGA